AGAAAAUUGUACCAGGAAAGCGAAACUGGCAUAGCAAAGCUGUUAAAAAAGGAAGUUGUGAAUUUCGACGAAUCCAGGAAAACAAGAUCAAUGAAACAAAGAGUGAAGGCGGACCACAACCAUGUGGCUGUUUGCAACGUGUCCAUAUGUUAUAUUGCUCUCCAUAGUAAAUGUUGAUAUUGGAGCUAUCCAUGCUUUGACAACUACAGCCAGCCCACCAGGGGAUGAGUGUGCCAUGUGGAAGAGUGUUACCAACAACUUAACCCACAACCCUUGGAUAUUAAUGCAUUGUACAGACCAUAGUUCUUGUAAUGGCUUUGAUUGCGCUGCUACAUAUUCAAAUAAUGGUUAUAUCACUAGCAUGCAAGAUUUUUCAUUAAGCUUCUGCUUUGGCCUGGUUCUGAACCAGUGUGAUAGUCCAUUGAAUAUGGUUACAUUUAUGGAAGUGCCAGAUAAGAAAAUCAAUUUCACCAAAAAAUUCUAUGAAUUUUAUGAAGAUGUAACAUAUCAAAUUCCAGGUACAACAUAUGAUCUUGGUGUAGGGACUGCUGAUGCCUUUGUAGAUGUAACUCUUGAGAAAUCUGAUGAUGGAAAAUUCAUCACUAUAGGGUUACUACUGAAAGUGCGUGUAAAAGUCCCUACGUUGCCAGCACAGUGGCCUGAUGAACUCCAGAGAGCGGUUCUUCCCACAACUACCAUUCCAGCACACCCAUGUAAAUCCAAGGCACCAAUGCCAACCCCAAGACACCAAUGUGUUCCCCCGAUGAAAAAAGAUUCUGGACUUCGUUCAUCUUCACCAACAACUUCUUCUGGAAGACCCCCUGUGAAGCCUCCCACUGAAAGACCCUAUAAACCAGUACCAACAAAAAGACCUCUUCAACACACUCAACAGCCUCCAGCU